GUGUGUGUGAGCAAGCUGUCAAGUUAGUUGAAUGACCUACUUAGUUCAGGCCUGAAGACGUUUGCCUCAGUGCAGAUCUUGAGUUAUUCGCCCCAAGAAGAAUGAAACAUACCUGGUAGAUAGCAAGAAGGUAAUCAGCGCAGCAUCAGAUAAGCAAUGACCAAUCUCUCUUCGUCCAUUUCUCUGGUCAUCCAACCAUCUCUCCCUUCCUUCCCAACACCCGUAGGUCACUAUCGCCCCCAUGUCUCAGGCGUACGGGCGCAUGUACCACCCCUCUCCCCACCAGCACCACCAUCAAGGGCCUCCGCUAUUCCGACAAGCAGGUGAGGGUCCCCCCCAUCACCAAGGUUACCCGAGUCACCGCGGGUACCACCAGAAUCACUACAGUCCUUCACGCCCGACUCCUCCGUCCCACAACUACAACAACUCCGUCUCUGUGUAUUCCGUCCCGAAGCCGUCGCGGCCAUAUAACAACUACAACAAUAGACGGGGGCGCGGUGGUGGAGGCAACACCGGGCGUGGUGGGUACCACAACAAUCACCAUAGCAACGCCCAGGGUUACAACAAUCACAACCACAAUAGUUACAGGUCGCAUCCCCCGGAUUUUGACCUUGAGUGGGACCAUUACGAUUUUAAGGCUGACGGGCCGUCGGGACAGCGUGGUGGUCGUCAGAGGGACGCACGUUCCCGACCUGGCGGAGGAGCGACGCUAAACGACGCUGAGCUAGAGUGGGAUGAUUACGACCUAAGACCCAAGGAAGACGAAGAAGAAGAGAGUACAGAAAGCUUGGAUUACAUCUUGACCGAAGGAGUCUUCCCAUUGAUUGGAGUGGUAACCAAAACCCCCUUAUCCCGGGGUCACAUUCCCCUCGGUGCUAUACAAGUGUGUCGCUUCCCCCAGGGUGGCUCCUUCAAGGCCUUCGCCUCCUCGGAUCACUUUGCCAAGUCGCUACGUCUCAACAAGGACCUCCUCGUCCUGACCAGUGAACUCAAGGAAGGAUCUCUACUCACCGGGUUUGACAGCCCCAACGAGACGAAAGACUUCCUGCUGUCGGAUCUAGCCCUCACUAGGAACAAAGACGACGCCUCAAGUUUAACUGACACGCCCUCUAAGGAGAGCGAGAGCGAAGCGGCUUCCAACGACAUCUCAGAGGAAGAUCUCGACGAAGAUUUACUCAACGAGACGUACGAGUCGGGCUACCAGGAUCGUCUGGGUGAUAUUGAUCUCUACGCGCUUGCACCGCACGAUUUUGAUUCUCCAGAUUCGACGUUCAGCAGAUCCUUAGCGGAUUUGACGGACAUUAGCCUAUAUGAGGAACUUGGUAUAGAUCCGAGUCUGGUGAAGGCUGGGCUCGAGAGAACGAGAUCACUGGGAGAUGCAACAAGAGCGCAAGAUGCAUCCAAAGGAGCUCUUAAAGGAGCUAAGACCAAGAAGCGAAAGAGGAAAGGAUCUGAGAAGGUUGAGGAGUCGACGACAGCUGGAGCAGGAGACGAAGGCAAUGAGAGGAAGACCAAGAGAUUAGCUCCAAACUUCUUCGUAGCUGUUCAAGUUUCAAAUCCUCAGAUCCAUGAGGCUCUCAGGGAUGUCCAGCAGACGGUCGUAUCCGGUGAUGAGAAGCUGAAAGAUGCCAUGGUUCCCAUAGCAACACUGCAUCUCACCAUCAUGGUGAUGCACCUAGCUACGGAAGAGGAUGUGGAAAGGGCCAAGGAAGCUCUGGAUGAGUGCCAUCAACUCCUGAGUCCUCGCUUUGAGAAGGAGAAACUCAGCAUUCUGUUUGGGGGUCUUGGUCACUUCAACAACCAAGUCAUGUUUGCCAAGAUCAAAGACCAGGACAACAUCUUAGAGAUCCUUUAUGAGAUCGCUGACACGGUAGAGAAAUGUUUCUCCGACUACAAUUUGGUUUCAACCGGGGAGCGAGGCUUCAAGCCCCACCUGACCGUCAUGAAGCUAUCGAGGGCGCCGAGUCUGCGCAAAAAAGGCGUACGCAGAAUCAAAUCAGAGCUGUACAAGGCGCACAGCAAUCAGGUGUUCGGUGAACAGGUGUUGGAAGGGCUGCAGCUGUGUUCUAUUAAUAAACCCAAGACUGUUGAAGGGUACUAUUGUAAAGCCGCUGAAGUGCUGUUUGGGGAUCCGGCCUCUAGACUCGACCGUGACAUUCACACGAUAGCAGAGGGUGUCGAACCAUCCACAGAAUCAAAUCAACAAAGGACAUCAAAGGACCCAUCAGAAACAAGUCAAACAACUGAAAGUGUCAACAGAAUGCUAGGACCGGAAGAGCCGAUGGAUUUGAAUAACUGUGAAUCCACCACCGACAAAUCGUCUCAGAGUCUACCAGGAAACCAGUCAUCAUCAUCAGACGGACAUGUAAACAAAGUCUCCGAUGGUAACCAUGAACACCAGCCUCAUCCAGUGUGUGACAGUGCAGGGGACCAUCCAGAUUGCACUGCUGACCAAAAUGGCAGCCGGUGCGAUACGAUAACCAACGGCACUGUGAACUCGAGUGAAAUAUCUCAGAGCUCCCCGUCGUCGAAUGGUACAACAGCCGAGGAGCAAUUGAAUCAUUUGAACAAUGAGAAAUGCUCACGAUCUCAAAGUAUUCAAAACAAAGGGAUUGAGAGUUCACCCGUUGUCGUCAACGGAUGUUGCAACGAGGAAAGCUUCAACGGAAAUCACCAAGACAACGAUUGUAAAACUCUUUGUGAAAAUCCGUCGGAAAAAGUGAUUAAAUGAUGGCAGGAGGUCGAGUACGACAAGUAAAGGGCUUCAACACUGCUUUGGUAAUUUUAUUCAUGUUUUUUUUGUUUUUUUUGUGAAUGUAAAUAUUAAAAAAGUCUUGUAUUUUGUAAGGUAUUAUUAUUUCGAAAUAUUAUUUUGGGGUCAGUAUAUUUUGGGGUUAUUAACAGUAAAAAAAUCACAUUGUCAAAUUGUUUGUUCUUUAUGUUUGAAUACAAGUAUUUAAGUAUGAAGUGAGAUCUACUGCAUUGAAUACAUGUAACUACCAAUUUAGGUAAAAGGUACUUAAUAAAUCCUGUGGAUUUUUUUUUUACAGCACAUCAACAUAAAUAGUUUACAGCAAUACACAAAAAGGAAUCAGCUGCAGAAAAUAAAUUUUUAACUUACCAACUGUGGCAGGUUCUUUCCAAAGCCCAUUCUAUAAAAGCAUUCAGGACAAGAGGUUGCUUAGCAAAGACAGAUCUUGCUUAGCAGAAUAAAAGUACAAUGUACGACUGGUUCCCUGCCCAUUUUUGCUAAGCAAAGAAACUUUUGAAGUAAGUUUUGGGGGUUUGUUAAACAGCUUUAGGAAAUUGGGCCAAGUGCUUGUCUAAUGUCGUUGCCUUUUGAAGACCUAAACAAAAAUUUUGACCCUCUUGUAGAUUUGCCUUAAUGGAGGACGAAAUACAUGAAAUUUUUUAAGAACGAAGUUCAAGUGUAUCGAAUACACAAGGAGGGAACUUUCCUCUAAAAUUAUGUUUGAAUUAUUUAUCACAGAGGGAUGAAGGAGUGACGUUCGUUGACGAACUGGUCAGAUUGUAUAAAAUUUACGCACUCUUAAAUUCACUCUGUUGGGCGAUGUAUGAUUAUGUGUGUGCGUGUUUAACGUCGCCAUUUGAAAAUGCGACCAAAUGUGUGAACGAGCUUCUGCCGGAUGAAAUUUGCCCGCAGUAAAUAAUUCUGCCAGUUUCUUUGGCUGUAUGUUUGUUUACCCAGUGGGUUCUGUUUUGGGUUAUUUUUGUAAAUACUGCAAUUUAAUUGGUGGGUUUUAGUUGAAAUAAUUGUGUACUUGGGUCAAACUAACAAUAGAGUCCCACUAGACACCCUUGCAUAAUUGACGACACGAGAGCUCAAACAGAAUAGCGCCCUCGCUGAGGUCAAAGGAAGACCUAUCAUAGGCUGAGUGUUUUGCGGGGUGCAGAUUUGCUUGCACAUUUUCAUUGUUUGACCUCAGUGAUAGCAGCCAGUGCAAAGGGGUUUAUUAAUUUUUGGUUUAAACAAUUACCUUAAUAUUUCCUGUUAACUUACUUGCUUUCCGUUUACAUUGUUUAAAAUAUGAAAUAUUUAUGUAUGGGUGUGCUUAUGAUAUGGGUUUUUUGUUUUUAUUAAUGGCAGAAAACAGUUUAUUGUGUCGUAUUUUAUAUUUCUGAAAUGUGCGGAGUACCGUUUGAAUAUGUUUGGUACAUUAACAUAGGUUUUUAUGCAGAGACAUCUUUCAGCAGUUCAGGCUGUCACUCUGGCCGGUCAUGGACCCAGUUUCAUAGUGCUGCUUAACUGUUAGCAAGUUUUUUGCACUUACUGUAGCAGAAAAAUUUGCUAAGGUUCAAGCGUAUUUCACAGAAAAUUAUGGGUCCAUCUUGCGCGUUAACCAUGGAUUUGUAUCAUGACCUCUUUAACUUUUGUGCAGUAAGCACCGCAAGGUUAGCUUGCCUUUAGGUGGUAGCGCUAUGAAAUGGAAACAAAACAAAAUCUGCCUUUAAGCAGCUCUAUGAAAUCGGGCCAUGGUGAGAUCAUAUCAUAUGAUGAUGCAGGCAGUAGGUCCAGCUGUAGUCUUGGCUCAAGACUAUCCUGAUAUCUCUCCCCCAUGAUCAAUCGCCACAAGAGGGCGCACUCUCAUCAUAGACUGCUACCAUAGACCUUAUCGCAAAUACCAAUGCGCAAGCGCAGAC